CAUCCGUUCGGGUCCCUAAACAAACGGCGGCGACCUUAAAAGUUGUUGAAUAGCACAACAAUACCCUUCAUACAAAAUGCUUCGCAGUUUAUUAGUGCCCAGAGCGGCCGUAAGGUCUGCCUUCAGACAGCAAUCCUCGUAAGUUCAAGUGCCAGGCUUCAAUUCCUGUUGAAAGUUUUCUGUACUAACUUUUUCUCUUAAUCAGCCUUCCCAAGAUAGUCGCCCCUUCAGGAAUUGCAAACCUAUCGCGACGAGGAUAUGCCACUGAAGCUGGUCAGUAGAUUUCGAUCAAUGUUAUAAGGUGGAAACGACUGACAUGUAGAAGAUGGGCAGGAUUUGGUCAUCAUCGGAGGUGGUGUUGCUGGAUAUGUUGCCGCUAUCAAAGCUGGUCAAGAGGGCAUGAAAGUACGGUUUGCUUGGCAAGAGGGGUUUUUGCUGCAGCGUCUUAACAUUUUUUGCAGGUAACAUGUAUAGAAAAGCGCGGAACUCUCGGAGGAACAUGUUUGAACGUCGGCUGUAUUCCCUCGAAAGCUCUACUCAACAAUUCGCAUCUUUACCACCAAAUUUUACAUGACACCAAAGCUCGAGGUAUUGAAGUCGGAGAUGUCAAACUCAACUUGCAACAAAUGAUGAAAUCGAAAGACACUGCGGUUUCUGGACUUACAAAGGGUGUUGAAUUUUUGUUCAAGAAGAACAAUGUGAAAUACGUCAAGGGUACUGCUACAUUUACUGGCGAGCAUGAAGUCAAGGUCAACCUUUCCGAAGGUGGAGAAGAGACUAUUGUUGGAAAGAACAUUAUCAUCGCUACUGGUAGUGAAGCAACGCCAUUCCCAGGACUCGAGGUUGACGAGAAGAGAAUUAUUACCAGUACCGGAGCUCUUGCGCUAGAGCAGGUGCCUGAGAGCAUGGUUGUUAUUGGUGGAGGUAUCAUCGGUCUUGAGAUGGGCUCCGUCUGGUCAAGACUUGGUACGAAGGUUACAGUUGUUGAGUUCUUACCUCAAAUUGGUGGACCUGGAAUGGAUGCCGAGAUCGCAAAAUCAUCGCAAAAGAUCCUCAAGAAGCAAGGUAUUGACUUCAAGCUAAACACUAAGGUCAUGGGCGGUGAUGUUAGUGGUGAGAAGGUCAAGCUUACAGUUGAGGCUGCAAAAGGCGGGAAGGAAGAAACCGUAAGCUAAACCUAUUGAGCACCGCAUGUACACCACUAAUAGUUUGUAUAGCUUGACGCCGAUGUCGUACUUGUUGCCAUUGGACGAAGACCAUACACAGCAGGUCUUGGAUUAGAAAACAUCGGUCUGGAGACCGAUGAUAAGGGAAGAUUAGUCAUUGAUUCGGAAUACCGGACUAAGCUGCCACACAUCCGAGUUGUAGGUGACUGCACCUUCGGACCUAUGCUUGCCCACAAGGCCGAGGAAGAGGCUGUUGCCGUUGUUGAGUAUAUUAAGAAGGGAUAUGGCCACGUCAACUAUGCUGCCAUUCCAUCUGUUAUGUACACACACCCCGAAGUCGCAUGGGUCGGACAGAACGAACAGGAGCUCAAGGCUGCUGGCACCAAGUACAAGAUCGGAACAUUCCCAUUUUCGGCAAAUUCAAGAGCGAAGACCAACUUGGACACUGAAGGUAUGGUAAAGAUGCUUGCUGAUGCCGAGACCGAUAGAAUCCUUGGUGUUCACAUCAUCGGACCAAAUGCCGGAGAAAUGAUUGCAGAAGCUACAUUGGCUAUCGAAUAUGGCGCAUCAAGUGAGGAUAUUGGACGCACGUGUCAUGCACACCCAACAUUGGCGGAAGCAUUUAAAGAGGCUGCUAUGGCUACCUAUGGCAAGGCUGUUCAUUAUUAGAAGCGUGGUAGAAUUUGUGGGGGCGUGAUUUGUUAAUGAAUGGUGCUAGCAUAAGCAUGAGACUGAAUUUGUGAUUCGUGUAAGAUAUGGUUACAUAAAGCAUGCGCAGCACUCGUCGAUAACCUAUGAAACCUAGAAUUUUCUGAUCAUUU